AUGCGACCUGGUUCGCCCACCGUGGCGGAUUCCACGGAAGGCUAUCAACAACCGUCACAUUCACUUCCAACGGGAAAGGAUGUGCCGCAUAUCGCCUAUGACGAGAUCCCCAGCCAUGGAACAAGACAGACGCGCAGCCAUGCGUCCCACAGUGGACUUUACAAUAUGAUAAAGUUUCCAAUGCUAUUGUCCACUCUUGUCAUACCUGUGAUUGCGCUGGUUUUGUGGCUUGCGCUCACAGCACCUAAGUCGAAGCUAUUUGGGUCAUUUGCCGGUUUGGUGAUUGGCGGACGCUUCUCUCAAGGCGCGGCGAAAGCCAUCGACAUUCUUUGCAGCGCAAUCAUCGCGCCGAUUAUAAUGGCAUCUUUGAACCUCAUUUGGUUUAGCUAUGCGCGUGUGGCCAUCCGGGCAUCGCGAAACGUCCCGGAAGAGCAGCGACGAAGAAUACCGUUGGCAACCCUGGUGACCGUCAGUGGCAUGUCUACUGGUAGUUAUAACUUGGUUGACUUUCUCUCACUACUACGGGGACGGACAUGGCGACUAUUUCUUCUGACAUUACUUACGCUAUCCUCUGCAAUUGCAUGGACGACUUUGUCCAACGUUAUUGCCUACGAAGCCUACACUCAAAGAAUGCCGUCCGACAAACAAUAUACACUUAGAACACUCAGCGACUUGGAAAUUAGCACUGCAACGCACGUUGCUUCUGAGGUAGAGCAACAUGUGAAUGUUCAAUUCCCAUCAACCAGUUUCGGUUUCGACAUACCACAACAAGCCAACGUAUCCGGGCAGCUCACAAACCUUUUGAACCAGAUGCUGUUAUUAAACUCAUCAAGUCUUGAUUCCGAUGGGGGUUACGUUGGAGUGAAUGUGACGGAUGCUUCCUUGAAUAAAUUGUCAUCUUCAGUGGUAGCAUUGUACGAUAUACCUGCGUUUCGGUUGAGUGCGACAUGUCAACCUGCGAAGCUGCUUCCUGGAGCCGUUGGCCCUGUGCAGAUGGGUGCGUCAACAGUCGAAUUGACGGGAGUGCUCGCUUCCCCGAAUACAACUGCUCAGCUGCACAGCUACUGGUAUCCCGGUGUUAUUGAAGACAUCAAGGAUCAGUAUUCGACACAGUUUCCAACCGUUUUCUUUUCGUUAAACUACCAGCACGCAGUUCUGGGUUAUUUGCAAUCACAUUCCGAAAACACCAGUGUAUCGACUUCGUUUGGCGAGAUUCAGCCUGUAACACUGAACAUCACCCAAAUCAACGAAGUUUUUACUGCCUACUCUCUGUAUUGCUCUCUUUUUCGCCAAGAAGGAGUCGCCAACUAUACGCGUUCCACAGGUCAGCCUUGGGAAUUAUCUGGGUCAAGAUUUGAGCCAUCCAAGAGCGCCGCGCGUUCUUUUAUCGCGGACUGGCAGGUUGCGCUCAAUUACCAUGCCAUUAUAGAGAGAGGCACAAUUCCAGGUAUUGCGCCAGCCAUCAGAGGAGGCCUGGCUUGCGGACUACCAGGCAUUACCGGGCAAAUGGUGGCCUGCACGACCAACUUUUCGACAUUUGUCUCCAACUUUGUACUCGCGUCGGGUCGUGCCCAGACGAUGCUAUACAACGUUGCUGCAACGAACACUUCCCGCGAUAGGCCCGAAUAUUUCUUCAACGUAACGGGCGAAGCAAUGCAGCAGUUUUACCACCUCACCUACGUUCCAACGCUGCUCUUUGUCAGCCUCAUAAGUCUCAUCGUAGCGGCAUCUGCAGCAACGGGUAUGACUAUAUAUGCAAAGUAUAUUCAUAGGGAUAAAGGGACGAUACCACACGAAAUUACUCCUCUACGGUUGGUAGUAGACAGCUGGGCGGGGACGCUACAGGAUCCAGCUAGCAUGACUAGGUUGGCGAGCUUGUCAAAUGACGAGCUACAAGAAGCUGCGAAGGAAACGUAUACUAAUUAUUUGUUGGACUAA